AUCAGUAAAUGAAAGCCAAACAGUAGUAAAGCUUACAACUAGGAGAAAACAGAAAGUAAAAAUUUGAACAAUUAUAAAGGUUGACAUCAAAUAAAACUCGAUGUCUUCGAUACAAAGUAAUACAUGGAGUGAGCAGCUGCGUGAAGUGAUCAGUUCACCAUUGGGAAUUGUGGCGAUGACCUGCUUCGUGGGUUAUAUGGCCUAUACGCACAUACGCCGGGAAUAUCCGACCUACGAUGACGAGGACUACGAGAAGGAGGGGCACGUUAAGAUUCCGCCGCCUCUGGAGAAUCUCACCCUGACCAGGGAGAAGCUCGAACAGUACGAUGCAAAGAAUGCCAACGGCAGGUAUCUGGUCGCCUUACUGGGCACCAUCUACGAUGUGUCCAGUGCACCACACGACUUCGGACCGAACGGCAGCUACGAAGCACUGGCUGGUACCGAUAUUAUGUGGUACAUUCGGAAUACGGCCCGCUUCGAGGCUCGCGAUUUCAAUAGCUAUCUGAACGAGUGGAAGAACAUGCUCGAAGAUCACUUUUAUGCAGCUGGCGUGUUAAUAACAGACAGCAACAACGAUGUUUCGGACUCAGAUGAAGGCACAGUCUACGAUUCGGCCAACGAUAAAGAUGAAUAUACCGAGUUCAAAGUUGAAGGGAAUGAUGGCGAAGAAGAGGAGCUGACGGCCACAGUUUACGAAGGCUCUAUUAAUAUGGAUGUGGAGGAUAUUGAUAAGACGAUCAUCGACUGGACUGAAGGAGAUAAGACUAUUUUGGCCAUGUAGACCAGUUCUGAAAAGGUUUAUGGCUGCUCUACUAACACCAUAUUUUGGCAAUAACAGCUCGCCCAACGCAGCACUUAGACUGAUAAGCCAUAAGCCUAGCCUUCGAGCAUAAGCCCAGCAUUACACUAAAACAUAAAUAAAUAUUCCCCUAUUUCGUUUAUCUGCAUAUGCAGCCGUCGUCGUCCUCGUCCUCGUCCAUGUCCACGCAUAUAUCCAUUACUAAUUUUAAUGCGAAUCGAGAAAUUCAAUUCCAGGAGUAUGAAAGACAACAGCAUCCCCGUCUAGCAGUGCCGGCAAUAAUAAAAAUGGUAAUUUCCGGCAACAUCGAGUCCAAAUACAAAUUUCCCAAAUGGCAGCCCUUACUGGAAAAGUGUACCACAAGCCACAGGGCAAAGAACGGCAUCAUGCUGCUGGAGAUGCAACAACCUUUAAAAUUCCUGAAUAUCCUUUAAAUGCAAUUUGAAAGUAUAAACAAAAUAUACAUAACUUUAAAUAUGUAGUAUACAA